GCGAAUGCUAUAUAAGAUGAUCGCCGACACCAGCUGACUCAGUCAUUCUCUUGCAACAACGACGCACAACUGAAUUUAUUCCUUUCGCGAUAAUUUUUUUUGUCUCGCGUUCAGUGGUAACAUCAACGUAUAGAUACGACGAAGAGUAAUAAGCCGGAACGCACACUAUCUCGACGAUCUAUACGCGCGAUGGACAUCAGGAUCUACGCUCUACUGCUUCUUUUUGUAUUCGUUGGAUCCAACGCCGAAUUCCGUCCUUCUGCCCGGCAUCGUAGAGAUGUCGAAAGGAACAAUGGUGAAUACUACAAUAUAGCCAAGAUUAUAAAACGUGCGGUUGAUUCGUCUACUACGACUACUAGAAAGAGCAGCGAGGACAGCACUAGUACUAACAAUAAGAAUCCUGGCACUACGACUCCUAACACUGCAAGUCCUGACACUACGACUUCUAACACUGCAAGUCCUGACACUACGACUUCUAAUACUGCAAGUUCUGGCACUGUGAAUCCUAGCACUAAAAGUCCUACCACUACGAAAACUACCCCAUCGACUCCUAAGUCAACUCCUAAGCCGACAAGUGGCACUACCAAAGCCACGACCACUAAAUCAAAUCCUACAUCAACAGAAACGACUACUAAACCUAUUACCGAAGCAACGAGCAAACCACAAUUGGGUUUAAGAUCGGCCUUUGAAGAGAAAGAUGAUUCUUCAUCGAAACCUAGUAACUCCGAUGAAAAACCUGAGAAAAAACCAUCGUCUGUGUCAUCCCGUAUAAAACCGGAUACACCUGAUAAAAAAGACAAGAGUCCAUCUUUACCGUCAAUGUUAAAUUUGGGUUAUCCAUUGACUGGUGGUAACUAUCCAUUCCCUGGAUUUAACUCUAUACCACCUUACGGUCCUAACUAUGCAUUUACCAGUACCAGUAAUAGUCCCGGAGGAUCAGCGAGUGCAUCGGCUAGCAGUUUCGCCAGUGCCGGUACAUCAUCGGGCGGCCACCCAAUCUAUCCAGCGUACGAUUCACGUAGUGGAUUCUAUCCUAAUAAUCCAUUUUAUAAUCCAAAUGAAUACACUCCUGGUAAUAAAUGGCCAAUCAAUGACAUUCCUCAAAAUAAUCCUAUAAAACCUAUCACUAGUUCGCGUUCUUCUUUCGAUACGGAAGAUAAGCCUAAAUCUUCGAAUAAUUCGCCAACUGGUAAUAAUGCACAUCCAAUUAGUAAUCCUAAUUCUAUACCAUCAAUUGGACCACAAACUUUUCCAAAUUCUUUUUACGGAGGUCCUUACACUCCCAAUUUCGAUUAUCCCGCCGUAAAUUCGGUUCAGGGACCUAAUUAUGCCUGGACUAAUUCCGGGCCUGGUUACGCUGGAGCAUCUGCUGGUGCUUCUUCUGGUACUGGACCGUCGUUUGGUAGUCGUGGUGCAUUCCCCGACAAUAAUGCUGGAGCGGGAUAUAUGGAUAAUUCAGCAUACCUUCCUGGUAACAUAGAUCCUGGCUUCGGUUUCCCCCAUUCUGGAUUUGACUCAGAUUUUGGCAACAAUUUUGCAGCUCACCAACGCAUGAUGGAAGAACAUUUCAAGGCUAUUCAAGCACAAAUCGAAGCUCAACAACGAGCGAUAUUCGAGGCAAGCAAUGGAUUAAAUUCCGGACCAGGUUCUUCUGAACCAGGAUUGCAAUCUGCUAUUUCGAGCAUUAGUGUCGGGCCUAGGGGUGGUUUUCAGGCUGCUGAGAUAAAUCCUGCUGCUCCAGGAAUAGAGUCUCGAUUUGCUAAUGAAUUACCACCACCAUCAAGAGGACAAUAUGGUGUUUUUGCUAGUUCCCAUUCUUCUAGUGCAACAGAUGGCACUGGAAGAACUAUUGGUCACAAAUCAGCGACCACUGGAGUAAAUGACAAUGGAAAAAUUACCUUCCGUACUAUCCAAGAUAAAUAAUCUUACUAUAAUGUAUUAAAUAUAUAUGUUUGUGUGUGUGUGUAUGUGUGUGUCUCUAUAUAUCUAUAUCACAUGUAUGUAUAUGCAAAUGUGCACAUUCAAUUAAACUAAAUCUUUGCAUAGAA